AUGCCAGACUCUGAAAGUAAUUUGGUGUCUUCACAUGUGGAUGUUAUAAAUCGUACUUCAGUCUUGAGUGAAAUGAAUAUUUCAGAUGAAAAGAGAUCUGUUGAAAAAAGAGCAGUGACUCAGAUUGGGAAGGAUGGCUAUCCUGACUCCAUAUACAUAAAUGCAGCUAAGAUUUUUCAGGGCAUUCGUAUUGAAAAGAGUACGGGCAGAAUCCUGGUGCAGUACGGCAAUGCCUCCGAAUCUCCCAUGAUGGCUUUUAAAGAUGAGCAUUCCAGGCGUGUGUCUUACGAACUGGCUUUCAGAGCUCUCAAAUAUCAAGAUCUUCUUGAAGAAAUGUUGCUAGAUAGUAAGGUUUACCCAUGCUACUCAAUACCAGAUGAGCUAACCAGCUUGCUUGUUGUGAUGCUUUGUGACCUACAAGACCGAAAGUUUCAAAAACGAAAGGUUUUUGCUGAAGAGGAGCUUGUAGCAGAAGUUCAGGAAAUAGGGCAUUAUUUAUACAGGUAUAGGACCAAACUGGCAGCUGCACUGGCACGAUGUCGCAUUAAAUAUGAUGCUCUUUCAAUUGAAUACUUUGUACCAGAAACUAUAUCAAAGCAGGAACAAAGGACUUCUGCUGUACCUCUCUGUUUUUGGAUAAACACAUUUAAAAUCACCCUUGAAGAUGUUAUCAGAGAUUUGGAGAUGAAGGGAUUCACAAAGGUUGAAUCUGUGUCAGACUUUGACCAUUACACGUAUGCUGUGGACCAACAUUGCCAUGAUGUAUUGGUUUUUCCUUCCUCUCUUAGAGAAGAACUGCUUAAUUUAGAUCUUUUUGCGGAUUGCAAACUCUUACUGCAGGACAAGUCUCGCAGCCUUGCUGUGCACUCUGCACACGCGCUGCUGAGUGAAGGUGGUGACAUUAUAAUGGCUCACACAGGUUCCCAUCUGACCAUUGCCCAUAUGUCAGUGCUGACAAAUGACAGCAAGCCCAGCAUUUUCGUUUGUGGUGUGAAAUCUUUGGCAAAAGAAGAAGAACUGAGGAACAAUUUCAGUCACAUGGGAUGUGAAAAUAUUUGGUUGUUACAUGAAGACUUUACUGAGCUUCAACCAACAGAUCCAAGACUUGAAAAGGCAAAAGUUAUUUUGCUGCUACCACAAUGCUCUGAACUGGGUGCUGGCAAUCCAAUGGAGCUUAUUUUAAGUGAACACAGUGAUGCAGGAUUGCUACGAGACCUUUUCCAGGGAUUUGUGUCUGAGGAUAAACUCAGGAUUCUUGCUGAGAGGCAGCUUAAUGAGUUGAUUCAUGCACUGAAAUUUAACAAAGUACAAGCUAUUGUUUACUGCACUUGCUCAGUUUACCCAGAAGAAAAUGAACUUGUAGUGAAAAAAGCACUGGAAUCUGGAGUGGAGGGAGAUAAACGACCAUAUAGGCUUAUUCCUUCUGUUUUUUCUACUUGCUCCAAUUCAGAAUCUUCCACUGAAAUGUUUUUCAAAAUAGAGCCAUCAGAAAUUUCCAGUGGUUGUUUCCUAGCUGUUCUAGAGAGAGAGAAAAAAGUGUCUGCAAAAGACAUCUUGGCUUCUGCUGCAGCAAAGGCUCUACUAGAUGGUAUUGUUGAAGAAAAACCAAAAGAAGAGGUGAAAAAGCCAAAAGUAAAACAACGUAGACGUAAGGCUGCUGCUAGUGACAGUAAGCCAAAAGCUGCAAAGGACCUUCACCACCACACUGGAGCUAAUGCUAAGGCUGAAGUUCCUGUGUCUAAAGCAGCCAGUAAGAUACAAGAAAAACAUGUGUGCCCCACAAAAGCAGGCAGUGACACUCCACAGAAGACUGUGAAAGGGAAAAAAGCAGCCAGUGACACUCCACAGAAGACUGUGCAAGGGAAAAAAGCAGCCAGUGACACUCCACAGAAGACUGUGCAAGGGAAAAAAGCAGCCAGUAACACACAGCAAAAGAACGCGCACCCAACAAAAGCAGCCAGUAACGUAUCUGUGCCUAAAGCAGCCAGUAAGACACGGCAAAAGAACGGGCCCCGGACAGACAGCUGUGUUGAGCUGAAGAAACCUGUGAACCCCGAUUGA